CUCAGGUGAAAUGGCGCCAAAUCAAUCUUUCAUACCGCGGUUAGAUAGCGAUUUGUUAGAAGGGCCCGUAGAGCAGAUAGUUAGGACAAACACAUUGGUCAUGAAUGGUGGACAUCAUUGGGUGGAAAUGGAUGGAGAAGGAUCUGGGAGCCUGAGCAAGAAGCAGCUUGGAGCAUGGAGGAGGAGAUUGCGAUUCAGGAGGAUGCAGGGUGCAGCUAGCAUGGAGGAUGCAGGAAACUUGAUGGAGGAAGCAGGGAGCUUGAUGGAGGAGAUUGGGAUCCAGGAAAGAGCAGGCAGCUUGGAGGAGGAGAGCGCGGUGGUGCAGCUUGGAGGAGGAGCAGGGAGAUGUUUAAAAAGGGGGUUCCCGGAGGAUGAAGGAGGAAGUGGAAAAGGAAGCUGAGAAUCUCGCUUAACUUCGUCAGGGAGG